AUCUUUCCAUAUAAUUGGUCCAUAAGUUACACCGCCCGCCGCCGUACCGGUGGGUCACGGUGCCUUUAAUUUUCUUUACCCCUUUUCACACUCCAACGACAUUCCUCACUCCGUUCAUUUCGUGUCAUUCAAACCUUUCAACCACCAACAAACCCAAACCCUAGCUCCGCUACGGAGUAAACCAUGGCGGUUACCGUUCCGGCCACCACAAACAUGUGGGACGGAGUGCUAGAAAUGACUAAAUCUGCUCAAAUUAAAGGCGUUGAUCCGUUGAUGUGGGCGGUUGAGCUCUCGUCGACGCUAUUAUCGGCCGGAGUGUCCAUGCCGUCAACUAAGGUCGCUGAAUUGCUCGUUUCGCACAUCUGUUGGUCCAAUAAUGUGCCGAUUGCGUGGAAGUUUCUCGAGAAAGCGCUUUCGAUUAGAGUUGUGCCGCCAAUGCUUGUUCUCGCGCUACUUUCUAACAGAGUAAUCCCAAGUCGAAGAAGCCAUCCUGCUGCCUACAGGCUUUAUUUAGAGCUCCUUAAAAGACACAUUUUUCCAUUGGCUACUGAAGUUAACGGUUCAAACUAUCACAAGAUCAUGGAAUCUAUAGAUGAUGCUCUUCACCUCAACCAGAUAUUUGGUUUCCAUUCCAGUGAACCUGGGCUUGUUUUGGUUGAAUUUUUAUUUUCAGUUGUGUGGGAGCUACUUGAUGCCUCACUCGACGAUGAAAACUUGCUGGAACUAGUACCUGAAAAGAAAUCUCUAUGGCCAAUCAAAUCACAAGACAUGGACAUCGAUGAUCAUAAUAAUUAUGGAGAAAAUAAAGUUGAUUAUCACCAGGGGCUAUACAAAAUGAAUACCAUAACAGCCAUUGAGAUAAUUGGAGAAAUUUUUCGUAAUAAAGUAACUUUCAGAAUUCUGCACUUGGCACGCCGGAAUAUGCCUGCACACUGGGGAUCUUUUGUGCAACACUUGAGGCUGCUUGUCGGAAACUCCACGGCUUUAAGAAAUUCCAAAGAUAUUACUCCUGAGGCUCUUUUGCAGUUAACAUCUGAUAACCGUGUACUACUAUCUAAGGAAUGUAAAACAUCAUCUCUGCAACAGUUCCAUGCAGUAAUGGCUUCUGGAUCACUUGUAUCAUCUGCAGGGCAAAGUUAUGGUGCUUGCCGUUCGGCUAUUUGGCUUCCAAUUGAUUUAUUUCUUGAAGACACCAUGGAUGGAUUUGUAGUGGCUACUACCAGUGCUGCUGAAACUCUUACCGAUCUCCUGAAAGCCCAUCAGGCAAUUACUCAGGCCUCUUGGCAGGACACUUUUCUUGGCUUAUGGAUUGCAGCUUUGCGACUUGUACAAAGGGAAGGGGAAGCUGCCGAUGGUCCAAUACCUCGCCUUGAUACAUGUUUAUGCCUACUAUUAUGCACAACAACUCUUGCAGUUGGUAAUAUUAUUGAUGAAGAGGAGAACACUUUGCUUGAGGAAAAUGAUCAUAAACAAAUGCAUCAAGGGAAUGAAAUGCAGGCUCUUGGAAACUGUCGCAAAAGCCUAGUUUCUAGCUUACAACAAUUGGGUGAUUUUGAAGGUUUAUUGAUACCACCAUCGUCAGUUACUUCUAUAGCAAAUCAAGCAGCCGCAAAAGCUAUUUUGGUUGCCUCCGGUAUAUCAGUUGGAAGUGGUUACCUUGAUGGUGUUAGCUUAAAUGAUAUGCCAAACACUUGUGCCGGAAACUUGAGGCAUCUUAUUGUAGAAGCUUGUAUUGCAAGGAAUCUUUUAGACACAUCAGCAUAUUUAUGGCCUGGGUAUGUCAAGGGACACAGUAACCAAAUACCUCGUAACAUUUCUGGUCAAAUGACUGGCUGGUCAACAUUGAUGAAGGGGACUCCUUUGACUUCUCAAAUGAUGCAUACUUUGGUCUCAACACCAGCUUCAAGCUUAGCAGAAAUUGAGAAAAUAUACGGAAUUGCAAUCAAUGGUACAGAAGAAGAGAAGAUUUUUGCUGCAACUGUCUUAUGUGGAGCAUCGCUAACUCGCGGAUGGAACAUACAGGAACAUACCGGAUUCUUCAUUAUUAAGCUGUUAUCACCUCCAAUUCCUGUGGAUUAUUCAGGGAAUGAAAGCCAUUUGAUUGUUUAUGCUCCCCUUCUCAAUGUUCUUCUUAUGGGAAUAUCAACUAUCGAUUGUGUUCAGAUUUUUUCCCUACAUGGUUUGGCUCCACAUCUUGCUGCUGUAUUGAUGCCCCUAUGUGAGGUGUUUGGAUCAUGUCCACCGGCAGUUUCAUGGACUCUCCCAAACGGGGAACAUUUAUCGCCCCUUUCUGUGUUCUCAAACGCGUUUAUUCUUCUUUUAAAACUAUGGAGAUUUCACCAGCCACCUCUUGAACAUUUCAUGGGUGAUGUCACUCCUGUAGGAUCUCAACUGAAUCCCGAGUUACUCUUGCUGGCACACAAUUACCCACAAAAUAAUCAAAAAGCCCGAAGAGGACAUUUUAGCAAUCUGUCAUCCACAGAACCAAUAUUCUUGGAUUCUUUUCCAAAACUAACAUUUUGGUACCGACAACACCAAGCGUGUAUAGCUUCAACCUUAUCUGAUCUUAAACCUGGUACUUCUGUGUACCAGAUUUUUGACGCGCUUUUGAACAUGAUGUUUAGAAAUACUAAAGCUGGUCAGUCGUUAAGUCAUUCUGCAUCUGGAAGUAGCAAUUCGUGUGGGUCCAUACCUGAGGAUUGUGCCAGUCGACUUAAACUUCCUGCUUGGGAGAUUCUUGAAGCUGUUCCUUUUGUGCUUGAUGCUGCUUUGACUGCUUGUGCACAUGGAAAUUUGUCUCCCCCUGAACUUAUUACAGGACUCAGAGAACUUGCUAUUUUUCUUCCUGCAUCAAUGGCAACUGUUGUAAGUUACCUUUCAGCAGAAACAACGCGUGGUCUCUGGAAGCCAGCUUCUAUGAACGGGACUGAUUGGCCAAGUCCUGCAGCCAGUUUAGCCAUGGUCGAGAAUAACAUCAAUAAAAUAUUGUCCGCCACUGGAGUUGAUGUUCCAAGCUUAUCUGCAGGGGGAACCAUUCCAACUCUUCCUUUACCCCUAGCUGCCCUAGUAAGCCUCACAAUAACUUACAAAGUUGACCGGGUCUCUGAAUCUGUUCUAAACCUAGCCGCCCCAGCCCUAAACACCCUCGGUGCGAGCUGCCCGUGGCCAUGCAUGGCCAUCAUAUCUGCACUUUGGGUCCAAAAAGCCAAACGUUGGACCGAUUAUCUCAUUUUCUCCGCCUCACGAACUGUCUUCCACCACAACAGUAACGCGGUGGUCCAGCUUCUUAAGAUGUGUUUCAAAUCAGCAAUCGCCCAACCACCUGUCUUUUCCAGCGGUUGUGUUGGUGGUCUUCUUGGUCACGGGUUCGGCUCCCACAGUUCAGGCGGGAUUUAUCCUGUGGCCCCUGGUAUUCUCUACUUACGGGUUCACCGUAGUGUUGGAGAUGUCAUGUUCAUGACUGAAGAAAUUGUGUCAUUGUUAAUGCAUACGGUCAAAGAUAUUGUGUCUACUGAUGUACCGCUUGAAAAACUAAAAAAGCCCAACGGGCUUGUGAUGAGAUAUGGUGAGGUUUCUUUAUCUGCAGCCAUGACUCGUAUCAAACAAGCAGCCUCACUGGGAGCGUCAUUAGUUUGGUUAACGGGCCGGUUAAAUUUAAUACAAUCUUUACUUAAAGAAACGUUACCUUCAUGGUUUAUAUCGGGCCAUAAAUCUGAUCAAAUUAAAGGUGAUUCGGGCGGGAUGAUCGGGAUGCUAAUGGGUUAUGCUUUAGCAUAUUUUGCGGUUCUUUCUGGGGCGUUUGGUUGGGGCGUGGAGCCUGUUUCUUUGUAUUGUAAAAAACGGCCCGUCAUUCUCGGGCUCCACUUGGAGUUCAUGGCAAGUGCACUUGACGGGAAGAUUUCACUCGGGUGUAAUAAAGCCACGUGGAGGGCUUAUGUGUCGGGGUUUGUGAGCUUGAUGGUGACGUGCGCACCAAAAUGGGCAAUGGAGGUUGAUGUGGCAGUUUUGAAGAGGUUAAGCAGGGGACUACGGAAGUGGGAUGAGGAAGAACUGGCUUUGACUUUGCUUGAGAUUUCUGGGGUGAAUGCCAUGGGUUCAGCUGCUGAAAUGAUUGUUGAAUCUUUUUGUUUAGGGGACUGUAUUUUGAAGUAGAUUUAAUUUGUGUACAUAUAAGCGGGUUUUGGCUCCCGGACGCUUGUGGUCAUAGUGACAAGUCGGUUACCACGCCGAACAGAUUGUUAGUUAAACGUGAGUAGAAACAUAGUAAGAUCUACAUGUGAUAUAGUAGUUUCUUUUGCCUUGCCAAUAACUCGAGCCAGUGUAGCUCAACGAGUUGGUUUGUGCAUUUUCUUUAAUUAUUGAUGAUUUUGUAUCCUCCUUUU